AUGGACAUGGACAUGGAUAUGGGCGGCAUGGACAUGGGGUCCAGCGUGCCCGGCGUUCCCUCGCUCGACUUUCUGAUGCAGUACUACUGGGCUGUUGUGGGCUCCUUCAUCGGAAUUGCCGCCCUCGUCAACUUUGGGAACAUCCUUAUCUGUCGGCAGAGAUUGUCUGCUGCUCGCCGUGGCCAUGCGAAACCAGCCAAGCCUGAGGCCUUCUUAUUGCGCGUCAAUGCAACCGCAACGGCCAUCAUCCGAGAGGCAAGCAAUGCAACUCUCUCUCCACUUACUAUCAAGGGCCGCACUUUCCACUUGCCUACCGUUGGUCGGACGAGCAUUGUUGCAGCCAACAUUGUCACUCUCCUGGUACUGUGCUUUUACCAUUUCGACCUCAGCGACCAAUGGUCAUUUCAGGACAUCGGCUACCGGACGGGCUGCAUCUCCAUCGCCCAGCUCCCUCUAAUUUUCCUCUUAGCCGGGAAAAACAAUAUUAUCGGAUGGCUAACUGGCUCGAGCUACGAGCGUUUGAACUGGCUGCACCGUUGGACAGCACGAUGCCUUCUCCUCACCGUUACCAUCCAUAUGGGUUACUGGUUCGCCGACUGGGCCCCCUACAACUACAUCGGCCGCAAAAUCACCACUGACCCAAUCACCCAGCACGGCCUGAUUUCAUGGUGCCUACUUUUAUGGAUCGUCUUCAGUUCCGUCGCGCCCAUCCGCGGUUUAUCGUAUGAAUUCUUUGUCCUCCAGCAUCUCGGAUCCAUGGCUGUCUUCAUCGCCUUCGUCUAUAUGCAUGUCAACUCCUGGCCCUUAUACGUCCGAAUUUACAUUAUCCUCCCUAUUGCGCUGGUGUGCUUUGACCGCUUCGUCCGCUCUAUUUGGGUUAUUUACAACAACUUCUCCAUAUUUCAUCCCUUCCAGCGUAAGGAGGGGCGAACGUCCCGCUUAUGGGCCUGCGAAGCAUCUUUCACUCCUCUACCCCACAACACCACCCGCAUCACUAUUCACAAUCCACCCAUCAGCUGGAUGCCCGGCCAACAUGUCUUCCUAUCCUGCCACACUCUCGUUCCGCUGCAAAGCCACCCGUUCACGAUUGCAUCCAUCCCUGAAGACGGAAAAAUGGAAUUUUACGUGAAGAGCGAAGGCGGCGCGACAGCGCGCUUUUUCCGGCACGCCGAGAAGCUGCGCCUAUUACCUGCAGAGGUGCAUCUGGAAGAAGCGCGGAGAAAGGCCGUCGCAAUCGACGGACCGUACGGACGAUUGCGCCCGCUCCGGCAGUUCGACAGCGUGGUGCUGUUCGCCGGCAGCACCGGCGCGACAUUCACCGUACCUUUGCUCCGGGACAUUGUGGUGCACUGGAAGAACCAACAUCAACGAAGCCGGAGGGGCGCAUCGCCUUAUGAAACCAGACUCUUGCGCAUGGGAGGAGUCGUGACCCGCCGCGUCCGUUUCGUUUGGGUUGUCAAGUCACGCGGUCAGUGUAGCUGGUUCGCUGCGCAGCUGUCGCAGGUCGCCGAGGAAGUGGCAGCGCUCCGUGAAGUUGGCAUAGACUUCGAUGUUGACAUGAGUGUUUAUGUGACGUGCGACCCCUCAUUCACCGGCGAUAGUAAGACUACCUACAGCGAUGAUGGCGGCAUGAAACCCCCUUCCACACCACCCACCCUACCAACGCCGAUAUUCAACACUCCCCUGAACGAAAAGACCUUUUUCAAACGAAGCUACGACGGGACCCGCAUCACCGAGCUCGAAGACCGGAGCAGCGACACCUCUACCACCCACUCAUCAGACGAGCAAGAAAAGCGCAAGUCCGCGCUGGAGACCGGAACAGCAGACGAAGCCUGCGGCGUGGAGGGCACGUGUUGCUGCCAGGCCACCGUCGAAGAAGCAGAAGGCAUAUCAUCAUCACAACAAUCCCCCACCGACGCCAUCCAACCCGUCAUCUGCACCUGCUGCAACAACGCCAACAACAGCAGCAAACAACCGCCACGUCAGCUCCAACCAUCCCCGUCCUUCACCUCCACCAGAAACCCAUAUCGGCCAUCCACACCGCCGCCAGUGCCAUCAUUGUUACAACCGCAUAUCCACCCCGCCGUCUCCCUUCUCUCUGGCCGCCCGCAUCCGGAAUCCAUCACCCGCCGCGUGCUCGAGCGCGCCCUCGGCGAGACGGCUGUCGUCGUGUGCGGGCCUCCCGCCCUGGCUUGCGACGUGCGCGCUGCUGUCGUCCGGCUUAGCGAUGAGAGGGCUGUGCAUAGAGGGACUGGGGCGCAGGGCGUGUGGUGUCAUGUUGAGGGGUUUGGGUGGUGA